AAAGGGGUACUAAAUAAAUAAAUCGAAUCCCUCUAACAAGGAUAGCUUACUUAAUACAAUAACACUAAUAAACCCCCACUUUCCCAUUUAGGCCUUGUUCCCCAGCCCCACGUAUCAGGUAUCAGGCCGAAAUUUCGAGAACAGACAAAGUCGAUCUACCUCUUUACAUUCCUAACCCACUUCUAUUAUUUACCAUCCCUUUACCUUACACACCUCGACCACCGGACCCUUAUUUCCCAAUUCAAAGGGGACUUCUUCGAGGAUUCUUUUCUUGAUACCUAAAGCCGCUUUUUACUGAAGACCAAGUACCGAUUUCUUCAGCAAUCUAACAAGUAAUCAUGGCAGCGCCAACAACAACCACAAAACAGCGCCUAGCGCUCGCCAUCUGCGACUUCCUAACCACCUCCCUAACCGACGGGACCCUCUCCGCCGAAGACAAAGACAGCAUUGACGUAGCCGUAAACUGCAUCGGCGAAUCCUUCAAAGUCGACCCCAGCGACUCAUCCGCCAUCUCCUCCGCCGUCGGUACCCAAAACCUAUUACAAAUCUACGGCGUAUACGAGAAACUCAAAUCCACCACCUCCUCCGCCAAAUCCUCUACUUCUACGAGUAAUGCCCCACCAACAACAGAAGAAACCAAAGUCCCUACUGCCGAAGAAAAAUCCCAAGCCGAAGAUCUAAAAUCCCAAGGAAACCGCUCCAUGGCAUCCAAAGACUACGCCGGCGCGAUAUCCUUCUACACGCAAGCUCUCGCCCUGCACCCCACGAAUGCAGUGUACCUAUCCAACCGCGCCGCAGCCCACAGCGCAGCGCGGGACCAUGCGAGUGCGCGUGCCGACGCUGAAGCCGCCGUGAAGUUGGAUCCUAAGUACACGAAAGCUUGGUCGCGAUUAGGACUCGCUAGGUUUGCAUUGGGCGAUGCUAAGGGGUCUAUGGAGGCGUAUAAGCAGGGUAUUGAGCACGAAGGGAGCGGUGGAAGCGAGGCUAUGCGCAAGGGAUUCGAGACCGCAAAGCGACGUGUUGAAGAACUCGAGUCUGAAGCCGCGGCCGGUGCCUCGUCACCCGAUGUAUCUAGCCCGCGCGGUGGCGGCGGUGCACCCGAUCUAGGCGGUCUAGCUAGUCUCCUCGGAGGCGGUGGUGGAAACCGUGAAGGAGGUGGCGGUGGGAUGCCGGAUCUCAGCAGCAUCAUGAACAACCCCAUGUUCGCUAGCAUGGCGCAGAACCUGAUGUCGAACCCGGACAUGAUGCAGAACCUCAUGAGCAACCCGCGUCUACGCGAGAUGGCCGAUCGCUUCUCGAGCGGCGGCGGAAUGCCUGAUCUCGGCGCCCUCAUGAAUGAUCCUAACAUCGCCGAUAUGGCUAGGAAUAUGAUGGGAGGCGGCGGCGGUGCCGGUGGAAACGGUGGAGCUGGACGUGGAGCUGGCCAAUGAUCGGCGUUUAUCGGAUUUUAGAUUCGCUUCUACUUAUUGAAAACAGUACCGAGAACAGAUCGGGAGGGUGGUUGGGCGUCGAAUGCGGGAAGAGCGUAGCGCCGUUGAAGAGAGGAAUGUGU